AUGUCUAUUGGUGAUGACGAAGAACCGCUCACUUUACCGGAUAGUCCUAGGUUCAGGGUUUUUGAUGGAAACUAUACUAGCCUACUGGGCCAGUUGCUGAAUCCUGAUUGCCAGUCUAUGGCAAGGAUGAUUGAUUAUAUGCCUACAGCGUGGCGUGUCUACGAGAGGGUCAGAGGCAUUGCCCUAUCGAGAGAUAGAUUUCAAUUUAUCUUCCAACGCGAGGAAAACCUCCAAACUGUGCUUAAAGACAGACCUUGGUCCUACAAUCACUGGGCCAUGGUCCUUGAAAGAUGGGCUGCAGAUUCACCUCCAGAUUUCUUGCGUUAUAUGGAAAUUUGGAUCCGCAUUAGACACAUUCCAAUGAAGUUCUUUACUGGUGAUACUAUGUACAAACUGGCAUCAGAAGUCGGUCAUGUGGAGGAGAUAGCCUAUGAUCCCAAAGUCUCACACACAAAGGAUUAUAUUCGUGCACUGAUCACCUUCGAUACUGAGAACUCAGCUAAAGCUUCUCGUAAGCUUACAUUUAAAUGUCCUUUGUUGAGGAAUGCUUCUAAACCGGCAAUCCCGAGUAUCUCUGCUUCUUCUGGUAAGGAAAAAUCCUCAUCAGAGACCGCUCCUAGCCUUGCGAAGAAUGUUGUUGCGGAGGCUCCCCCUGGUUUUCUUCCUAUGUUUCCGGAGCUCCCCCCUCAAGAGCAAAGAGCUGCUUUACUCUACGUAUCUCACUCUGAUGAUACAUAG